CCGAGCGUUUAAUUAAGCCCGUCGAGCUUGACAUGCGGCUUUCUUUUGCUUGCUUGCGUGCUGAGAGCUGCCCCUCUGCUCUGCCUAGUCGCGGUGCUCACUGUGGACUGUACUGUGCUUUACAUCUUGUCCAGAGUACACGCCCUUGUCCCUUGUUCGCAGCUCUUCAAUGUCUUUUCUUGACUCCCUGUCCAUCUCUCCAUUUCUUUCCUUCUUCUUUUCCUCGAUCUUGAGUUCCUGGCUUUUUUCCCCUCCAGACUCUUCAACACGCUCCUUUGCUUUGCCUUUCUUGCUUCUUUUCUUCUUCUUCUUUGAUCCUUCGAUUCCCCGACUCUUGCACAGCACACAGCCAAGAAUUCCGAAUGCACUUCGUCUUUUUAAUUACUUAUUUCAACUAUAUUCUUUCGGGUCUGGCACAUUAGUCUCUGCCUGCGAUUUCGCGACUUCUUUGCUCACGGCACGUCUGCUACAACGCCUCAUUCCACGACAAACACACCACACUCUCGGAAUUGCUUCACGCUCUGCAUUGCGCGCAGACAGCUUUCUUGUUCUGUAAACGGGCUCUUGCUUACUUCCCGUACCCAAUAUUUGGGGUUCGUGUUCCGCCGCAAACCCAUUUGUGGACGCAAUAGUCUAGAGUGGCUACCGCUCGCCUGCAGCUAAAAGCGCCACUGCCUUGUCCCACGGACUAAGCCUCCAUAGCCCAGGGUCGAGGCAUAUUGAGCUGUUAAACUCGAUUGCUACUUUUUUCUUCUUCUUUUUGACUUGGCCUUGAUAGGACGAGUACAGACAACAUUGUCCUGAUUAACGGCUAGAGCCGCUCAUAGUCGCCAUCAUGGUGUCCUUCUUUGGCCUCAAGUUUGGCAGCAAGGACAAAAAAUCACAGAAGCAAAGCCUGGAGCGUCAAAAUAGAGAAUGGAAUCGCGUCGACCAAAACUCCUUCGGCCGAGGCCAGUAUUUUGGCGACACUAACAACCCUCCCCGGCCCGAGACUUCAUAUUCCACGCGAACGCCAGUCAGCUUCCGCACUCCUUUCAGCAUGGGUGCCAAUUCCUCCAUGGUCGAUCUUUCAAUGCCUUCAGCACGAAGACCUAGCAUGAGCAGUCUGCGACAUUGGGCUACCGAUAGCUCUGCGAAUCUACCUCUCCCUCCUACACUCGCCGGGCCUGGCGUGCGUGUCGGCCUCCCAGAACGGCCAUCUACCGCUGGUUCCUCGCGCACCAAGGAAUGGGUAAACCCCCUCGAUGUACACUUUUGCAAAGAACCCAUCAUGGCGAAGCAACCUGAAAGUGACGAACCAAAGGGUGGUGUUAUGCGCCAGAUAGAGUUCAGCGUUAAGACUACAUCUAUUGACGACGACAAGGAUGCUGCCGAUACCACAACUAAGAAGAGCGCAACACACAAGAUUUCUUCGGGAUAUCCGUCGCCGCCAGCUUCUAGCAACGGCGACAGCACCCUACCGCUGACAAUAUCUGAGCCGUCUAGCCUCGGCAUUCUCAGCCCUAGCACAUCAUUUGCAUCGUCUUUACCUAGCCCGGUUCCUUCUGCGACCAGAUCGAGCGAUGACCAUUGGGAUUCGCCGGUUGUGCGAAACGUCCCAGCCAGACGCGACACCACCAUGUUCCACUCUGCCAGAAGACGCAGCUUCACCAAAGAUAUUCAGGCUAGCCCUGACGACGUGGCCAAGAUGCGCAAGCAGCAGCAGACGGAAGGCUUUGCUGGCAACUUUGCUGCCUUUGAUUUUGGGGAAGAAGUGCGCCGCCAGACGACAAUCGAUCUUCCCGCACCGCAGAUUGCCAGUACCGAAGAGGUGCCUACACCAAAGAUUUCAGAAGUACCGUUUACACCGACACCCAAGGAGCGAACUCCAUCAGUACCCAAGGCAGAUGCAGCGACCCCGACGCAAAGGACGUCACCCACACAGCCGCUCCCCAUCUUGGAAUCCGUCAACUCCUUCGAGUUCCCCAUGCCUGCAGCACUAGAGCACCGCAGCCCUCUUAUACCGCAGCGGCCCUCAACAUCCUACGGCCCCGGCCAGCGCAGCUUCUCCAAGGGCUCAACCAAGGCCGGAGGCGGCAGCGACCCAUUGGAUCUUGCCAGCACGCUUGCUGACUUCCGUCCCCGUGCGGACUCUGACGUAGUCGGAUUACCGCGCCCAACACGACCGGCCGUCACCAUUCCCACAGCCCAGGAUGCGCUGCGAUCCAACAGUCCCUUUGGCGGCGCCCUGCCCGAGAUGACAUACACCGUGUCCAUCGAAUCAGCACACAGCCCCAAGACAACGCCCAAGUCGUCCAUGGACAAGCCGCGCACCAGCCCGCCCAAGAAGUCCAUCUUCCCCAGCUCCAAGAACAGCCUGCCACGCGGACGCCAGCCGCCGCGCCGUCCUCCGCGAUCCGAUGAGGCGACAGCCGAGACGGUACCGGCGCGCCCCGAGUUCUCCGUCCCCAACUGGGGUUCCUUGGGCGUGGAUGCCGCCGAGCCACGCCGAUCUGCUAUGCCAGCACCUCUCGCAUCGUCAGGCCAUACGAUCAAGCCGUCUGUGUCAUCGCCGUCUAGCGAUGCGCCCCGUCUCAUCUCAUCGACCUUCAAGUCGCUCGAGCUGUCUCUCGAAGAGGCAGAGGACAGCUUCGCAUCGGCUUUUGAGCUGGCGCUCGAGAAGACGGUCAGCUCACCGUCGUCCAGCGACUUCUUCUCGCUCAGCAGCACACCUACUACACCGACAGGCACCGUCACACGAGUCGAGGCAAAGAAGGCUCCUCCUCGCCCACCACCCAUUACGCUGCCGCCUUCGCCUACAAAGUCCACGGAGCCGUCCAUUCGCUCGCCGCGCUCCGCGACGACAGCCGAGUUUCAAACUACUUUCAUCUAGCGACGCUCGUUUUCAACCGCUCACACAUUCACACACUCAUUUUUGACUGAUUCACUUUGCUUUCUUUUCGUUUCGUCUUGCCAUGGCAUGGAAUGCGGCCACGACUUAUAUAUAUAUAUAUACUCUUAUUUCUUGUACUGGAUACAACUUUGUUUGGUUUCGGAUGGGGGCUGACUAACUGGCCAUUGCGGAUUUAUAUUUCGGAUAAUCUACUGUUUUUUGGGAUAAAUAAGCGAGUCUUAUUUUUACUAUUAGUUCAUCUUAGUUUUUUUUGGAGAAAAAAUUGAUACCACACGUUGACUCUU